AGAGAGAGCAUCACCUGGCCUCUCUCAGUCCUACCAUGGACUGCCUCUGCAUAGUGACCACCAAGAAAUAUCGUUAUCAGGAUGAAGAGACUCCGCCCCUGGAACACAGCCCUGCCCACCUGACGGCCGGAAAGAGCGGAGAGCUUUUGCACCUUAGCGACGCGAGCCACACCCCCAUGGACGGUGUCCAUGGUUACGCCCCCCAUACACACAUAUCACCUGCAAAGCCUGUGUUACUACCCAGCAGCCACGCCCCCUAUUACGCAACCUCAACUCUGGCUUCUGUUCCAGUAUUUAACACCAACACACUCGAUGGUUCCCCCUACAUGAAUGGGCUGAAAGGAGAAGUUGAAUAUGAAGAGAUCACGUUGGAAAGGGGGAACUCUGGUCUGGGGUUCAGUAUAGCUGGAGGUACAGAUAAUCCUCACGUAGGAGACGACCCCAGCAUCUUCAUCACCAAGAUCAUCCCCGGAGGAGCAGCAGCUCAGGACGGGAGACUGAGGGUUAAUGACAGUAUCCUGUUUGUUAACGAUGCUGAUGUGAGGGAGGUGACCCACAGUCAGGCAGUGGACGCUCUGAAGGAGGCGGGGCCUAUCGUCCGCCUUUACAUCCUGCGCCGAAAACCAGCCGCUGAGAAACUCACCGAGAUCAAACUCAUCAAAGGGCCCAAAGGCCUGGGCUUCAGUAUAGCCGGUGGUGUGGGUAAUCAGCACGUUCCUGGUGAUAACAGCAUCUACGUGACUAAAAUCAUCGAGGGCGGCGCUGCACACAAGGACGGACGGCUACAGAUCGGGGACAAAAUUCUGGCCGUGAAUAAUGUGAGUUUGGAGGAUGUAAUGCAUGAAGACGCUGUAGCGGCGCUGAAGAACACAGCAGAGGUCGUUUAUCUCAGAGUGGCUAAAGCUCCCAACCUGUACCCUCAGGACACUUACAGCCCCCCAGAUAUCACCAGCUCGUACUCUCCUCAUAUGGAUGAUAUGGGUCAUGGCUACUUGUCAGAUUACCCACAAACCCUCACUCCUACGUCGCCACGGCGAUAUUCCCCUAUUCCCAAGGGCAUGCUGCUGGGAGACGAGGAUAUCCCCAGGGAGCCCCGGCGGGUGCUGAUCCAUCGUGGUCUGUCUGGUCUGGGCUUUAACAUCGUGGGCGGUGAGGACGGAGAGGGAAUCUUCAUCUCCUUCAUUCUGGCUGGAGGACCUGCAGACCUGAGUGGAGAGCUGAGAAAGGGAGACCAGAUACUGAGUGUAAACGGGGUGGAUCUGAGACAUGCGACGCACGAACAGGCCGCAGCAGCGCUAAAGAACGCAGGACAGACCGUCACCAUCAUCGCCCAGUACAGACCAGAGGAGUACAGUCGGUUCGAGGCUAAAAUCCAUGACCUGCGGGAGCAGCUGAUGAACAGCAGUAUGGGCUCUGGAACAACGUCACUGCGGACCAGCAAGAGGAGCUUCUACAUCAGAGCUCUGUUUGAUUACGACAAGACGGCGGACGGUGGGUAUCUGAGUCAGGCGGUCAGUUUCCGGUUCGGUGAUGUCCUGCACGUGCUGGAAUGCAGUGAUGAUGAAUGGUGGCAGGCUCGGAGACUCUCCCCACACGGAGACCUGGAGGAGGCCGGAUACAUCCCUAGCAAGAGGAGAGUGGAGAGGAAGGAGUGGUCCCGCCUGCGCUCUAAGGGGAGGGACAGCAUAGGACGGGACGACUACAUUCAGAGUUAUGAGAUUGUAACGCAGAUAGAAGUGCACUACGCUCGCCCCAUCAUAAUCCUCGGCCCGAUGAAGGACCGCGUCAACGACGACCUCCUGUCCGAGUUCCCGGACAAGUUUGGCUCCUGCGUCCCCCAUACGACGCGGCCCAAGCGGGACUACGAGAUGGAUGGGCGGGACUACCACUUUGUGUCGUCACGGGAACAGAUGGAGAAGGACAUCCAGAGCCAUCGGUUCAUCGAGGCCGGGCAGUACAACAGCCACCUGUACGGGACGAGCGUACAGAGCGUCCGAGAGGUGGCUGAACAGCAGGGGAAACACUGUAUCCUGGAUGUUUCUGCGAAUGCAGUGCGAAGACUGCAGGCAGCGCAGUUACAUCCCAUCGCAAUCUUCAUCAGACCAACCUCGCUGCAAAACAUACUUGAUAUUAAUAAGCGCCUGACGGAGGAGCAGGCGAGAAGAGCUUUAGACAGAGCCAUCAAACUGGAGCAGGACUUCAUCGAGUGCUUCACAGCGAUCGUGGAGGGCGACAGCUUUGAGGAAAUCUACCACCGCAUCAAAUCUGUGAUUGAGGAGCAGUCAGGACCGUACAUCUGGAUACCAGCACGAGAGAGACUGUAAACACACACACACUCGCACACACACACACACACACACACACACACUCACACACACAAACACACACACACACACUGACAUGUGGGAAACAGAGAGAAGAAGAAGAAGAAGAAGCUCCUCAUCGCUCUCACAAAGACUUCAAUCAAUACAAACAGCUUCUCUCUCUCUCUCUCUCUCUCUCUGUGUCUCUCUCUCUCUCUCUCCCUCUUUCUCUGUACGUGUAUCUCUCUCUCUCUCUCUCGUCCCUGUUGUGCUGCUUCCAUCGUUACCUUAAAGCUGUGUUGACCUGUCAGGAUCAAACUAAUGGAACUGAUCUCUGAGGAACGGAGGAGCAGGACCGGGAGAAUGGACAGAGGAAGAACGGAGAGAGAGAGAGAGAGAUAGAGAGAGAGCAGAGGGAGGAAAUGGACGAAUAAAAAACUGUUCGCUGUUUGUGGACUUUCACUAUUCUCAGCAGCACCAAUGACAACGAGAAUGAGGAUGGUGGUAUCCAGGGCGGUGGUGGUAACCAGGGCAACAGUGGUGACCACGGCGGUGGUGGUGACCAUGGCAACGGCGAUAAGCUAAAGUAUUGUUGUUCAUGGUGACCAUGGCGAUAUGUUGAAUUAUUGCUGUUUCCGUGGCAACGGUACAACGGUACACAACAGAUGGUGUUGAAGCUAAACAGAGCAAAAAAACAGAAAGAGGCAAUAUGAGAGAGAUCAGAGGAGCACUCAGCACUUUACUGACACACACACU